UGGAAUAGCAGCCGCAAUUCUCAAGAAAAUGAUGCAUGACCAGCACAUGAGUACAGAGUUGUACCUAUUUGCAGUGGAUUUGUUGCGUGACAACAUGAACAGUGAAUUCUUUAUAGACUGUGAUGAUGCACUGCGAAUGCCCUUUAUAGAGAGAAAGUUUGAUCAAUACAAGAAGGGGACGAAUGUCGGCGGAUUGGAAACUAUUAACAUGGAUGGUGAUCACAAUAGACGUGCAGAACGUGAAUGGGUAGCGCGGUUUGUAGUCGUUGUCAGUGCUGCAGCAGCUGCCAUGUUAUACUACAACCAGCGUGGAACAUAUAUUGAUAGGGUUGCGUGUAGGACAUCAGCUUUACAAGGUUCUGAUUGGGUGGCAGAAAUUUUGAGAGGACACCCAGCUAGAUGUUCUCAACUUUUCAGGAUGAAGAAAGAAAUUUUUAGAGACUAUGCAAAGAUUUAAGGGACAAGUACAUGUUAUCGACCACGAACAACAUUCAAAUUCCGGAAAUGGUUAGUAUGUUCCUAUUUACUUUGGGGCAAGGUGCUAGUGAUAGACUGUUACAAGAAUGCUUUCAGCAUUCCGAUGAAUCAAUUAGCCGGAUUUUCAGGGAUGUUCUGCAUAGUGUAUACCUAAUGGCCAUGGACCUUAUCAAACCGAGGGAGAACCAGUUCGAUACAGUCCUUGCUAGGAUUAGGAAUGAUCCUAAAUACAGGCCAUUUAGGGAUUGUAUUGGUGCUAUUGAUGGUACUCAUAUUCCAGCCGUUAUUCCCAAGGAUGAGAGAGGUCGGUUCAUAGGGAGGAAAUGAUUCACUACACAGAAUGUCAUGGCCGCAUGCGAUUUUGGCAUGUGCUACAUUUUUGUCUCGGCUGGUUGGGAGGGAUCUGCACACGAUGCGUGGGUAUUUCAGGAUGCAAUUACCGAUGAUUCGUUAAACUUUCUGCAUCCACCGCCUGGUACAACAAACUCAUACUACUUUAAAGUCGUUUAAAGCAUAAAUUAUUUUAUUUUAAUUAUUUGAAUUGUUGCAGGAAAGUAUUAUCUAGUAGAUGCCGGAUAUCCUAAUAGGAUUGGUUAUCUUGCCCCGUAUAGAGGUGAAAGAUAUCAUUCGUCUCAAUUUGAAAAUGGCCGCAGAGCAUCGGGACCUCAAGAGGUAUUCAACCAUGCACACUCAUCGCUUCGAAAUGUGAUAGAAAGAACUUUUGGGGUAACAAAGAAUAGGUGGCCGAUGCUGAGAAAUAUUCGUUCAUUCCCGUUCCCGAUUCAAGUUGAAAUUGUGAUAGCGUGCAUGGCGCUUCACAAUUUUAUUCGAUUAAGGGUGACAGAUGAUGAUGAGUUCAUGGACAUAGAUGAAGAACCAAAUUGUUCAUAUGAAGAAGGUACUAGUGACGCUGCUGCACCAGGGGAUUCGGAUUUACGU